GAUGAUCACCAAGUAGAUGAGGAACCCCUCUAUGUAAAUGCAAAACAAUAUUUUCGUAUUCUCAAGCGUCGUGUCGCUCGUGCUCGUUUAGACGAAGUACACAGACUAUCAAGGCAAAGAAAGCCAUAUUUACAUGAAAGUCGCCACAAACACGCAAUGCGUCGUCCCCGCGGUCCUGGUGGCCGCUUCCUCACAGCAGAGGAAAUCGCUGCUCAAAAG